UCAACUCGAAGCAACUCGCUCUCCGAUCAUACAUACAAGUAUAAAAAACAUCGAGCGAACUCAACAGAUGCUCAGACACACAUAAGUUUUUCGCCCAGUUGGUUGUCGAUUAUCAUCAACAGCAUCAGCAUCAGCAGCAUGGAUCGUUGGCAGAAUCGCGUUGCCGUCGUCACCGGGGCCAGUUCGGGAAUUGGCUCUGCGAUCGUCGUGGACCUGGUCAACGCUGGCCUUAUUGUGGUAGGACUGGCGCGACGCGUGGAACGUGUGAAGGAACUGCAAAAGUUAGUCCCAGCUGAACGCAGAGACAAACUGAUUCCCAUUCAAUGCGAUGUGGGCAAUGAGGCCUCAGUUAAGGCGGCUUUCGAUGCGAUCGAGCAGCAGCUGGGCGGAAUUGAUAUACUGAUCAAUAAUGCUGGCACUCUGCAGGAUGGUCAACUAGUCGAUAUGCCCAUCUCAAAGGUCCAACAAACUGUGCAGACCAACAUCAUGGGCAUUGUGAUGUGCACUCAACGGGCCUUUGCCUCGAUGAAGAAGCGCAGCUUCGAUGGUCAUGUGGUGCUCAUCAAUAGUAUUCUGGGCCACAAGCUGUUUGGACCCACGCCUGAUGUUGCACCUCAGAUUAAUAUGUAUCCGCCGAGUAAACAUGCGGUGACCGCCAUGACCGAGAUUUAUCGCCAGGAAUUCAUGGGUCUGGGCACUCGCAUCAAGAUCACGAGUAUUAGUCCUGGCAUUGUGGAUACGGAGAUAUUGCCCGAUGGUGUGCGCGAAGCAGUUCAACAGACGAUGCUGAAAGCCGAGGACGUUGCUCAGGCGGUGCACUUUGCAUUGGCCACGCCCCCACAUAUGCAAGUCCACGAGAUGAUCAUCAAGCCAGUGGGCGAACUAUUUUAAUUUAAUGUAUUUGUAUAUUUCAUUUCACUUAAAAAUGUACGCAUUGCUAUUGUUUUUUUUUUGUAUCACUUGCUUAAGCUCACCUUGCAAUAAAGUUGAAUAGAAUUAAAAUAUAAUAUAAAAUGUCGACUUUAUAUAACAGA